GUUUCUGACUUUUCAUCACUGAUCUUUAAUACAAUGAUACAUUCUGAGGACUAUUUCUUAUAAGGGGCAAUUUAUUGAGUCUAUAACAUACCAGAAACUACUCAUGGCAUGGACUUGGAUCGUACUUGUAGCAGUAGUAGCACUCGUUUACCUUUUCCAUCCAUGGAUGAAAAAAACGUCACACAGAAAUUUACCACCAGGACCAAAAGGCCUGCCCAUCAUUGGACACCUUCAUUUGUUAAGUAAAAACCCUCAUCAAGAUUUGCAGAAGCUAGCUGAGAAACAUGGCCCCAUUAUGUCUAUGCGCUUUGGAUUUGUCCCUAACAUUAUUGUCUCAUCGCCAGAAGCAGCCAAGCAGUUUCUCAAGACCCAUGACCUUAAUUUUGCUAGCAGGCCUUCUCUUGAAGCGGCUAAGCACAUUUCUUAUGAGGAAAAAAGUUUGACAUUUGCAACAUAUGGUCCUUAUUGGCGUGAUAUGCGCAAAUUGUGCACCAUGGAAUUGCUCAGUAACCUUAAAAUCAGUUCUUUCCAAAGCAUAAGAAAUGGAGAGCUUAACGAAUUAGUGAAAAUUCUUAAGCACGCAGCUCAAGAACAGGUUGCUGUUGAUAUUAGUACCAGAAUACAAAGUAUGAGCUCAGAUGUCAGCUGCCAGAUGGUGUUUGGAAAGAAAUUUGAGGAUAAGGAGUUGGAUGAAAGAGGAUUCAAAGGUGUAAUUCAGGAGGGAAUGAAGCUGGCUGUGGCCUUUAAUGUUGGUGAUUAUUUUCCUUAUAUUGGUGCACUUGAUCUUCAGGGAUUGACUAAGAAAAUGAAGGCUAUUUCCAAGGUAUGGGAUCGAUUUUUAGAAAAGAUUCUCGAAGAGCAUGACCAUCCAAAGGAGCAGGGGGAGACCAAAGACUUUGUUGAUACCAUGUUGGGCAUCAUGAAAUCUGGAGAUUCAGAAUUUGAGUUUGAUCGAACCCAUGUCAAAGCUAUUCUACUGGACAUGUUAGCUGCUUCCGCGGAGACUUCUGCAACGGCUAUUGAAUGGACACUCUCUGAACUUCUACGACAUCCUAGAAUAAUAAAGAAAGUUCAAGAAGAGUUAGAACAAGUAGUUGGAAUGGACAAAAUGGUGGAAGAAUCGGACUUGGAGAGGUUGGAAUACUUAGAAAUGGUUAUAAAAGAAGCCAUGAGGCUGCACCCUGUGGCAGCCCUGUUACUCCCUCAUCUGUCUAUAGAGGAUUGCACGGUUGAUGGUUUUUUCAUACCUAAAAAUUCAAGAGUUUCCAUUAAUGUAUGGGCAAUAGGCCGAGAUCCAAAGGUAUGGACUGAUGCAGAGAAGUUCAUCCCAGAAAGAUUUGUUGGUAGCAAUAUUGACCUUCGAGGAAGGGAUUUUGAACUUCUUCCCUUUGGCACUGGGAGAAGAGGGUGUCCUGGGAUGCAAUUAGGCCUCACUAUGGUUCGCCUGGUGGUGGCCCAACUGGUGCAUUGUUUUGAUUGGGAUCUGCCUAAUGGAAUGCAGGGAUCAGAACUAGACAUGACUGAGGAAUUCAGUCUUGUUGUUGGAAGGGCUACUCAUCUUAUGGUCAUUCCUACAUGUCGCCUUAAAAAGCGAUGAAGUCUGUAUAUUCAAGGGGGGCAUACUUGAAUAUAGACAAGUCUAUUUUACUGAGCGAAAAGUUGAUAAAUAAUCUGAUCAUUUCAUGCUUGCAGACCUGUAGUAAAAUAUUUGUUUUUGCAGUAGCAACUCAAGAAUGUAUUGCAGUUAUUAUGUGCUUUUAAUGAUUAAGGCACAAAUAAACAUCAUUUCACCAUUAAGCAUAUUUUGAUGUCAGAUCCUCUUCAAGCUUCA